CCGACUUCAACCGCGGGGGCGGGGGUGGCCGGGGGGGCCGCGGCCGGGGAGGCCCUAUGGGACGCGGCGGCUUCGGCGGCGGCAACAGCGGCUCCGGGGGCGGCAACCGGGGGGGCUUCCCCAGCGGGGGGGGCGGCCAGCAGCGAGCCGGCGACUGGAAGUGCCCGAAUCCAGCCUGUGAAAACAUGAAUUUUUCGUGGCGCAACGAGUGCAACCAGUGCAAAGCCCCCAAACCCGAGGGGCCCGGCGCCCCCCACAUGGGCAAAUACCCCGGGGGGGGCGGCGGCCGCGGCGGCAACCACAUGGGUGAGUCUGGGGGCCAAAUUUGGGCUGUGGGGGGGGUGUGACG